AUGUUGUCCCUCUCCAAACAGUCAAGAAACUUUUUCAAAUUGAACUGUUUUUCAGUCACCCAAAUAGCAAAAAUGUCUGCAACUUCCGUCACUUUCCCAAUUAUCAACGAAACUUACCAACAGCCAACCGGGCUUUUCAUCAACAAUGAAUUUGUUAGUGCAAAGUCAGGUAAGACUUUUGAUGUUAACACCCCAAUUGACGAGUCUCUCAUUUGUAAAGUCCAACAGGCCGAUGCUGAAGAUGUUGAAAUUGCCGUUCAAGCAGCAUCUAAAGCUUACAAGACUUGGAGAUUUACACCGCCAAAUGAAAGAGGCAGAUACUUGAACAAAUUGGCCGAUUUGAUGGACGAAAAGAGAGACUUACUUGCCAAAAUUGAAUCCCUUGAUAAUGGUAAGGCCUUACAUUGUGCAAAAUUCGAUGUCAAUCUUGUCAUUGAAUAUUUCAGAUACUGUGCAGGUUACUGUGAUAAAAUCGAUGGUAGAACAAUUACAACCGAUGUCGAACAUUUUACCUACACUAGAAAGGAACCUUUAGGUGUCUGUGGUGCAAUUACACCUUGGAACUUCCCAUUGCUGAUGUUUGCUUGGAAAAUCGGCCCGGCUUUAGCAACCGGUAAUACCAUUAUUUUGAAGCCUGCCAGUGCAACACCUCUAUCAAACCUCUUUACUUGUACCUUGAUCAAGGAGGCGGGCAUUCCAGCCGGUGUUGUUAAUGUUGUUCCAGGUUCCGGUAGAGGCUGUGGUAACUCCAUUUUACAACAUCCUAAAAUUAAGAAGGUUGCGUUUACCGGAUCUACAGAAGUUGGUAAAACUGUUAUGAAGGAAUGUGCUAAUUCCAUCAAAAAGGUUACUCUCGAAUUGGGUGGUAAGUCUCCAAACAUUGUUUUCAAAGACUGUAACGUUGAACAAACCAUUCAAAAUUUGAUUACUGGUAUUUUCUUCAAUGGUGGUGAAGUCUGUUGUGCUGGUUCUAGAAUUUACAUUGAAGCAACCGAUGAGAAAUGGUAUACUGAAUUCUUGACCAAAUUCAAGGAGACUGUUGAAAAAUUAAAGAUUGGUAACCCAUUUGAAGAGGGUGUUUUCCAAGGUGCACAAACCACUCCAGAUCAAUUCCAAACUGUCUUGGACUACAUCACCGCUGCUAACGAAUCCAGCUUGAAACUAUUAACUGGUGGUAAAAGAAUUGGCAAUAAGGGAUACUUUGUUGAGCCAACUAUCUUCUACGAUGUUCCUCAAAAUUCCAAGUUAACUCAAGAAGAAAUCUUUGGUCCAGUUGCUGUUGUUUUACCUUUUAAGUCCACUGAAGAAUUGAUUGAAAAGGCAAAUGAUUCCGAUUUUGGUUUAGGUUCCGGUAUUCACACUGAAGAUUUCAACAAGGCAAUUUGGGUUUCCGAAAGGCUUGAAGCAGGUUCUGUUUGGAUCAACACUUACAAUGAUUUCCACCCAGCUGCUCCAUUCGGUGGUUACAAGGAAUCCGGUAUUGGCAGAGAAAUGGGUAUUGAAGCUUUCGACAACUAUACUCAAACCAAGUUAGUUAGAGCUAGAGUUAACAAGCCAGCUUUUUAG